CGGACCCGGGCGCCGCCGACGCGGCGGCGGGCGGCGCGCCGACGUCGCCGGCCGGGGCGGAGGAGCACGACGCGGGAGCGGCGGGCGCUGCGGCCAGCCCCAUCGUGAACGUCGAGGAGGAGGAGGCGGCGGUGCCCGCGUCGCCCAGCUACACGCCGCACCAGGGAGGGGCCACGGGGGACGGCGCCGACGGCCUCGGUGCGGGCGAAGAGGACGCGGACCUCGAGCCCCAGUCCGCCCUCUUCGAGCCCACGGACGACGAGGACAUGGCCGAGGAGCCGACCUUCACGGCGUCGGAUGUGCCGUGACACGGCGCCAGCGGGCCUGGCGAGGGUGGCGCGCUUCGCCGCGCGCUGCUCGGGCGCGCGCGCAACCUCCUCCCCCUCCUCCUCCCCCUCCUCCCCCUCC